AACCAGGAAAGCUCUCGUUUGUUUUCCAAAAAGUAUCAAAUUCUCAUAGCAGGUUUAUUUCAAUCUGCAGAAGUUUCAAUCAAAUUUAAUGUCAGUCGAAAAGUCAUUUUCUGGUUAAUUUUGUAAAAUGCAGUUGUAGUCUUAUUUCGCCGUUUUCCUUCUGAAACCAGAUAUUUCAACACAGUGUCUUUUUGGCAUCAUAAGCUUAUUUUUUCAAAUUCACAUAAGAUUCAAAUCACGCUCUCUGCUGUUUUUCACAGCAUUCUUAAUGGUUUGUGCUUUGAUUUUUCGGUGAAGUCUCAGUUCACUUAUCAUCAUUGUCAGUUAUCAUCAAAAGAUAUCUUAAUACAUUAUUUAUUUAGUCUCUAUUGUCUCUAUUGUUUCAGAAAAAAAAAUUCUUUGAGCUGUGCUUACUAUUAGCAACACUGUUGGUUUUUUUUUAUUUCUGUUGGCGGAAGUCUCAAUUUACAGUUAUUUCCGAUUAGCAGAAAUCUCAAUGCGUUUUGCCAUUUAUCUCAGAAUCACGAAAUCCAUUCGAAUCCUUGGAAAUUUCAUAUUCAGCAGAAGUCCCAAUCUUUAAAGGCUCCUUCAGAAGUCUCAAUGAGUUUUAACAAGAGCUUUUAAGCUAUCUUGACUAUACUAGCAGGAGUUAUUUUUGCUGACACAACGGAAGUCUCCAUUCAAAUUUUUAUAUUUAUUUUUUUCAUUUCAAGCAAACUCCAAGAGAUCAAAAUUAUUUUGCCUAACAAAAUUUAUGCUAAUAAUUUAUAUAUUUUUAAAUUCUGUUUUCAGAUCGGAGCAUUAUAACAAUCUGCAGAAGCAAGAAGAGGAAAAACUCCAGAACAACAACAAUAACAGCAUCCCACGUCAGACUAUCCACCAGCAGCAGCAACAACAACUUCUGCAAGGAAGCCCACAGCGUCAGCAACAGUCGCAGCAACAGCAGCACCAUCAACAUCCGCAACAUCAACAGCAACAGCAGCUGCUAGGCCAGCACCACCCGUUGCGAGAUAACUCCAACAUCCAACAGAAGCAAUCUUCGGUUGUGAAAAUCGAACUUCUCCGCAACCAACAACCGGAAGCACAACAAGGCGGCGCCAGGUUCAUCAAAACCGGAGCCCAAUCGCCGGCAGCAGCCUCCACAGCACCGACUCAGCUAUCGCCACACACCACCGGUACAACCGGAACAGCCGGCAGUCCAUCGACCGUUUCGCACCUGCGAUCGAUUCGACCAUUUCCGGUAUCAAGUGCUGCAUCGGCAUCAAGUUCGAGUAGUAACACCAGUACUACAGUUACAGCAGCUGGUCAGCAGUCUCAUUCGGGCGAACGACCCCUCAAGUGUCUGGAAACACUAGCCCAGAAGGCGGGCAUCACUUUCGACGAGAAGUACGACCUCCCUACCCCCAGCAACCUGGAGAAGUCACAGAGCCCAGCGCAGGUGGCCCAACAGACGUCGGUGCCCCUGCAGCUGUCCCAGGAACAGUUGCAACAGUUCCAACAGUUUCAGCAGUUCCAACAGGCUUUCACUGCCGGAGCGGCUACUAUUCAGGUGAAGCAGGAGUACAAUCCUCCUCAGCAGCAGCAGUCCAAUGCCAGCGGCGGUAUGGAUCAGCAGCAACAGCAGCAGCAGCAACAACAGCAGGCCAUGGCCACCGGUCAGCAGCUGUCUACGGACUGGCAGCACGGUCGGGUUCAGGUUUUGCAGCAACCCAUCCAGAACCAGUAUCUGCAGCAGCUGUACGGUUCUCAGCAACUGUUGCUGCACCCCGGUAUUGGUGGGCAGCAGCAGAUUCAGUUGAUAGCGGCUUCGAAACCGUUCCAGGGAACGCCUCAGAUGUUAGCCGCUGCUCCCGGUAAACAAGUCAUUGGAGCGACCGGAACCGGAAACUUUAGCGGAGCCUACGCUUUACCUACGAGUCAACCGCAAACGUUGCUAUUCAGUCCGGAUGUCCAAAAACAGUUGACAGUUGCGGCUGCAGCUGCAGCUGCUGGUGCCGGUCAGAAGGUUCAAGUUCAGAAGAUUGGAACGACUAGCAUUUCGGCUGCCGGACAGCAACAAAGCGUAGCUACUCUGACCCAGCAACAAGCCGGACAGCAAUGCGUUCAGGUUUCUCAAGGAACGAUGCCAACGGCUCAGUUGUUGAGUCCUCUGCAACAACAGGGUGCCCAGCAGAUGCAGUUCACAGCACCGUGGCAAAUUCAGGGAAUGGGCCAGAUCUGGACGGCUAAUGGGCUGCAGCCGCAGUUCUUGGCAGCUAACCCAAUCAUCUUCCGAGGAACUGGACCAGAUGGAAGCAGUAAUAUGUUUAUCCAGCAGAAUCCGCAGCAGACCAUCCAACAGGCUGCGGCACAACACAAUCAAACUCUCACACUGCCAUGCACCAUCCCUCAACAGCCGCAGCAAACGCAACAACAGCAACAGCAGCAGCAGCAACAACAACAGCAGCAACAGCAACAGCAGGCUCAAAACCAGCAGAAUCAACAAAAUCAACCCAACCAACAGAUCAAUCAACAACAAAACAAUCCAAACCAGCAACAAAAUCAGACAAACUCCAUCACCACGGUAACUCAACCCCAACAACAAGGUACUCCAACUACGAUUCAACAAAAAACUGCCAGCCACCUUGCCCCGAAACAAAUACCACGGCCACAAAUCCUGCCGCAAGGUGCCUCCCCAAUCCGUCCAUCGGCUUCAACGCAAACCACUGUUCAGGCUCAGCAAAAUCUCUUGGCCAAGGGAGGCAAAAUGCGCACCAAACAGCAACCUGUACGCCCUACGGCUCCAGUUCAGAUUAAAACUACCGAACUGAAUACCACGGCAACUACGGUUGCAGCCCAGGUCAACAAAAUGAUCCAGCAACAACCCCAGCAAGCUCAGCCGCAGCAAAUGCAGCAGGUUGUGGCUACUACUGCCGGUGGAAAAAUGGUUCUCAUGAAUGCCGGUGGACAGAUCAAUUCGUCACCGGUAUUGAACAUCCAAUCCAUGGCUACCAACGAUAAGCAGCAGCAGCAGCUUCAGCUUCAACAGCACAUCAAAAAUAUACAGCAACAACAGCAACAGGCUCUUUUGCAACAGCAGACUCUUCAACAGCUGCAACAGUUCCAGCAACAACAACAGCAGCAGCAACAGCAAAAUCAACACCAGCAGCAGCAAACCCAGCAACAGCAGAUCCACAGCCUGCAGCAGCAGUUCCUUCAACAAAACUCCCAAGCUCAGGCCGGCAACCAGCUGGUAGCAGCUCAAACAGUUGCCGGCACAGGACCCGGCAAUGCUACCACAGUCCAAACAGCUCAGCUCGUUCAAGCUACUGCCACCGGAACCCAACAGGGCAACAUCCUGCAACAGUUCGUCUUUCAGCAGCCGGGUCAACCGAACCAGACCGGUAUCUCGAUGAUCAACGUUACUUCCGCCGAGUCGAUACUGCAACAACAGCAGCAACAUCACCAGCAGCAGCAACAGCAACAACAACAGCAAAAGGGAACCACCCAGAUGAUCAUCGCUAACCAACUACCGCAAGGUGUUGACAGAACCAGUGUAGCAUCCUCCCAGACGCUACAAAUCGAACGUACGAUACUCCCAGUCGUCUCGAUCGCCGGUAUGACUUCUGCUCCACUGGUCGUCUCCAGCAAUGGAACCACGAUCUCCCCGAUGAACCAAACUAGUCAGGCAGGUCAACUUCAACCCGGCAACCAAAAUCAGAACUUGCCACCUGGAGCGCAGCACCAGACGUCCCAAAUCCUAGUAUCGACAAUCCCGACGUCCAUGCAGCAGCAUCAACAGCAGCAACACGUCCAAAACUCGAUAGUAGCCAUGACUUCCCUCUCGGCUACUCCUCUCUCAGCAGCCGCCAUGAUGGUCAACUCCGUGACUGCCACUCCAGUUUCCUCAACCGCUGCCACCACCACAUCCGUAUCCCUCACAUCCUCCCCGGUUGUCUCAACCAUGGUCGGUUCUCUAACACCAACCUCGGCAACCUCCGCCAAGGAAAGUGCCGAUCUCAAAGCUGCCAGCGUUGCCAUGCUGCAAUUACAGCACCUCUCGACGCCGCAGAAGCAGCUCCAACAUCAACAGAUGUUAGAAAGUAUGAACACUGCUAACGCUGCUGCCGUAGCAGCCGCUACCGCCAAUCUGGGAUCCCCGGUAGCCGGUGCCGCUUCUCCACUAGCAGUUUCGACCAUGUCCCAACACCAACAGUCGAAAACUCCGAUGACCCCGACCCAUAGUAGUGGACCUGGUACCCCGGUUAGUAUGGCGAAUUCGGGAACGACGACUCCGCAGUCUUCGACGACUGCUGAUCAGCUGAGCAAAUCGUUUGGUCAUUCGACUCCGACCAAGGCACCGGCUGGGGUUAGUGCCGAUACCACCGCCAAGGAAGGACUGGAUAGCAGUAUGAAGGAUUUGUCUGCAGCCCCAGCUUCGGCCGAUAGUGCAACUGAUGCGCAAUUAAACGGACCAACGCCGAUGGACACUUCGUCCAGUUCCCCAUCGUCUCAACAGGCUUCUUCAACGAUCCCGGCCUCAUCGGCGACGACACCAACUACAGCCAGUAGUCAACAAGCAGCGACACCUGCAGCAACAGCAGCCUCCCAUCCGAUAUCCUCGGAAGAUUCAUCAGCCGGUGCCGUCAGCACGACAACUACGACGCCACCCCUCACCACCACAACAACGACGGCUCAGAUAACGACGACAACCUCCACCAACGCGUCGCUAACGACGACAACGACGUCCCCCAAUACCACACCAUCAUCCCUACCAACUAGCAUCCAAUGCAGUUCUCCGGCGGCCACCACAAUCACAACAGCCACCAGUAACAACGCCAAUAACUCAUCGGUAACAUCCCUCACCUCUUCGGUCCCCAAUGGAUUACCACCACCCCCCUCGACGACGACAACCACGACGGUGGCCAGCACCCCAGGAGGACUUCCGCCCCCGCAAGGGAAAACCGGAACCGACAAGGGUGGACUGCCGAAGGCGAUGAUCAAGCCGAACGUGCUGACACACGUGAUCGAGGGAUUCGUCAUUAUGGAAGCGGACGAACCGUUUCCGGUCCAUUGGCAGCGCUGCGCCGAUUGGGACGGGAGCGAUGAGCCACCGAAAAAACGAGCCACCAACGAAUCCAACUCGCCCAUCUCCGGCAACAAUGCCCAGCAACAGCAGCAACCGUCAUCCCUCACCGGAAGCAGUCCGGCCGGAACCCAAGAGACUGGAAACUGUGAGAUCUGUGGCAAACCGGAACUCCGGAGCAAGAUGAAGCGGAAACGUUUCUGCAGCGUGGAUUGCGCCCGGGCGGCCAAACAAAACUCAACCGAUCAUCCUGCAACGGGUGCACCGGGGCAAAACGGAACCAGUCUACCGGAUGGAGCUUCGACCGGCAAUGGACAUCCAUCGGUUACGACCACUUCCGGUAUGAUUAACCCUGUGGCUCCGUCCAAUAUCAAAAUGGAACGGCUUGAAGGGAUGGAUCAACAGCAGCAGCAAUCCGUCCACGGCACUCCGAUGGAGGUUGGAACUGUGGCUCCGGUGGCCCAGGUCAUUGCAGCUGCAGCAGCCGCAGCCGCCGCUGCUGGAGAAGAUCAACCGAUCAUCAUGAAGUGGUCGGUGGACGAUGUGUGCAACUUCAUCAAGAAUCUGCCCGGCUGCAGCGACUAUGCUGAGGAAUUCGCCAUGCAGGAAAUCGACGGCCAGGCACUGCUUUUGCUCAAGGAAAACCACCUGGUCAAUGCCAUGGGCAUGAAGCUAGGACCGGCCUUGAAAAUCGUUGCCAAGAUCCACUCAAUGAUUGCCACCGUCAGCCCGUCCGAGGUGCCCCAAUCAUAAGCUACUGGCAUUUUUCAAAAAUUAGUUAUUUUUUCCUGAAUCCUAACCGGGAGCUGCUGUUAAGACAAAAGUGUAAAUCCCAAUGACUAUUAGUUGAAUUUCAUUCUAUGUGGUUUAAGUUCCCUCACUUUCCUUGAACGCUGAUUAUCUUGCGGUAUGAUAUUGAACUUUUAGAAUAGAUCGGUUCCAAUCCGAACCCUACAGACUGUAUAUUAAAGAUAUUGUUUCCUGUUUUCUAUCAGACUGUACAAUGUACUAGUUGUAAAUAUGUUUUCUCCAUUGUUUAUACGUUAUAUCUAUAACUUUUAUUUCUUUCAUACAAUCUCGCUGAACGUUAAAAUGUAUUUCAACGAUAAGGAAUAUUUCUUGUACAUUUCAAACCAUCUCAUAUUCGACUAAUUUAUUCUAAUUUAGCACAAAAGAUUUGUUUAAAACUGCACUCGAAACCUAGUGAUUGUAAGCAAAUAUGUCUGUAAAUAUAAUAAACAUUAGAUUUCUUUCCUUCAUCCAGUAGUAGCUUCAAAAGUUACUUUUACUAAACAAAACAUUAUCAUUGAAAACAAACAAUUUAAAUAGUUGCUAUAGAAUUCUCUUUUGAACAUUGAAAAGUAUCAUAUAUGAAGACAGAUGUAAACUGUGAAGAGUAAGAAAAAACAUAACUUUGCCAAAAUUCGUCUGCUCCCCGAAAAGAUAGAAAACGUUGUGAUUUAAAAAAAAAUUAAAACUCGUUCAGAUAUCUCCAACUUUUGGAACACAUAACGGCAAGGUAGAAGGAAGCCUGUGCACAACAAAAGAGAAAAAUCUUAAAUUAAGAUCCUUAGCGUACGUUCGAUCUAUAAGCAGAAAAAAAUUAUAAUAGCCUUUAAGUGAACAGCAAACGAAAUACUUUACUAUUCAGUAGUGGUUAGAGCAAACUGAUUCGGAAGCGUAACCCGAAGGAAAAUAAAA